CACUUGGCAGUACCAGUAUGGAGUUUCCGAACGGAAUGACGGUCAAGGUUACGGUCAAUGACCGUGCGACCGCAGAAGCAGAAUUGAAUACGUAGUGAUAAAGUAAUUUAUGUGCGAAAAAAUAAACGUCUAUGAAUAUCUUAAUUGCAGACAACAAUAAGAUUGGAAGAUUUCAAUCUAAACAAAAAAAUUCACCAUUCAUGGUAUUAAUUUUAAAAUCUAUGUUCUCAUAUGUAUCUCCUUGUUUUUUACAUUCUUGGUAUUAAAGAUUUCAAUUUUGUCAUGGCUAGAUUUAGUUAGUUCUUUUCAAUUCUUUUGUGAUAUGCCGAGUCAUUGAACCAUUCCGUUUUAUGGCGACACGUGUGACUCGUUGUAAUUUAUAAUGUUAAUUGUAAAAAGACUAAAUAGUAAAGCAAUUGGUUUAUAAAUUCCAUCGUUUUUCUGUAAAUUAUCACAUUGAUGAGAAACUGUCAAUCAUCAUGACCUUGAUAACACGGAUUUGACAAAAACACACGUCCAGUCCAAUUAAAGAUCGACUGCUACCUUUGUGCAAGCGCAGAGCAACAGCUUUUGAAUUCAGUAGGAUUAUAAUAGUCACAUCAGUCGAGUCGGCAGAACGUUAACUCGCAUUACAUUAACAAUUUAGCAUUACAAUUCGUAACAGCGCAGCGCUAACAUAAUUAAUACGACGUCUGAAAAUGGCUAUGAGUAGCGUUAAUCCUGAUCUAGUUAGGGAGAGGCAGAAGUGUUCGUUUGAUGUACAAGAACUGGUGCAUUUUAUUGAUGGAGGAGAAGAGCAUACUUUGGAGAGGAGAGAAGUGGAAAAUUUGGUACUUGACAUUAAAGAGCUGAAAGAUGUUGUACCUGAGGAGUUUCUGAGCCACAAGGAGCGUUACGAGAAUUCGAUACGGAAGGCGUGCAUACUCUACGAGUUCUUCAGGAAAUAUUCUGAAACGAAUAACACUUUAGAUGCGUUUAGUCCAACAAACAAAUAUCGCGUCCAAAUGGGAGUGUUUAAAGACAUUUCCCCAUUUAUGUUGCACAUGGGAAUGUUCGUACCGACCAUCAUGAACCAGAGCGCUCCGGACCAGGCCGCCGAGUGGCUGCCGAAGGCCCUCAAUCUGGAGAUUAUUGGAACUUAUGCUCAGACGGAGUUAGGUCACGGCACGUUUCUCAGGGGCUUAGAGACGACUGCGACAUACGACCCUAAGACCGAGGAGUUCGUACUGAACAGUCCAACUCUGACGGCGUACAAAUGGUGGCCAGGUGGAUUGGCUCACACGGCCAAUCAUUGCAUCGUGGUUGCCCAGCUGUACACGAACGGCAAAUGUUACGGGGUCCAUCCGUUCUUCGUUCAGAUUCGAGAUUCGGAAACGCACAUGCCACUAACAGGUGUCAAAGUUGGCGAGAUUGGACCCAAGCUUGGCUUUAAUACUGCCAAUAACGGUUUCCUUGGUUUCAACAAUUUCCGUAUACCCAGGAUGAAUAUGUUGAUGAAGAACGCUCAGGUUCUAAAGGACGGAACAUACGUGAAAGCGAAAAGCGACAAGCUGACUUAUGGUACCAUGGUGUUCGUGCGGGUCCUCAUUGUGACCGACAUGGCGUACGAGCUGUCGCGGGCCUCCACCAUCGCCGUCCGGUACGCCGCCGUCAGACACCAAUCACAACCGAAGCCUGGAGAACCGGAGCCGGCAAUCAUUGAGUACGUAACGCAGCAACACAAGCUGUUCAUAGCCAUAGCGACGAGCCACGCGUACCGUGUGACCGGGAAUUGGCUGUGGAACACUUACUCCAAAGUGACGAGCGAUAUGGGCAAAGGGAAUUUAGAUCAACUUCCGGAGCUUCAUGCGUUAGCGUGUUGUCUCAAAGCGGUUUGUUCGAGAGAUGCCACUCUGCGCAUUGAGGAGUGCCGAUUGGCCUGCGGAGGCCACGGGUACAUGGCUUCAUCGGGUCUCCCGAUAAUACAAAACAUUGCUGCGGCCACCAUAACGUACGAGGGCGAGUACACGGUCCUGAUGCUGCAGACUGCCCGAUAUUUGGUGAAGGCUUGGAAACAGGCUUCCGUUGGCAAAGUAAUGACUCCCACGGUGGCCUAUCUCGUUGACUUCUCAAAAAAUAGUAAUCACAUAUGGGAGAACACUCCUGAAGGCAUCAUAAGAGGAUUCCACGCGGUGGGCGCUGGAAAGACCCAAGCAGCAUUUGAGGCAGUACAGGCGCACGAGAAAACCGGGUUAGACUUCGAGGACGCCUGGAACAGAGCCUCCGUGCAGCUCGUGAACGCUAGUGAGGCUCACUGCCGAGCAAUACUCUGCGAAAUGUCUUGGGCCGAAAUGCAACGCUUGAGCCAGACCCUAUCGCCGAAUCUAAGAAAAGUUGUCCUCGAAUUAAUCGAGAUGUACAUUGUGUUUUGGGCUUUAGAAAAACGCGGGGAGCUUUUGAUGUACACGAAGAUACAGAAAGACGAUAUAGCGGUGCUGCAGAAAAGAUAUGAAGAGUUGUUGGCGGCUGUCCGACCUAACGCUGUCGGGUUGGUGGACGCCUUCGAUAUUAGAGAUGAGAUCCUGAACUCCACCCUGGGUGCUUUCGACGGGCGCGUGUACGAGCGCCUGAUGGAGGAGGCGCUGAAGAGUCCUCUCAACGCGGAGCCCGUCAACAGAUCCUUCCACCAGUACCUCAAACCUCUGAUCAAAGCUAAGCUGUGAUAGCAUCAACAAUACGAUAUCCUAAUUAUCGAUUUUGUAUAGUAAAAAAUUAAAUAGAUUGUAAAAACGAUAUCUAUCAAUAAAUAUUAUUUUCU